AUGGAUUCAGAUCUAUAUGACGAAUUUGGAAAUUAUAUUGGUCCUGAAUUAGAUAGUGAUGAUGAAGAAGAAAUGCAGCCAGUUGGAAAUGAAGAAGAACAAAAUGACGAGUCUAUGGAAAGAGAUGAGGAAGAAGACGAGUCAGAAACACCAAUUGUCCCGGCUAACCAAAUUGUUUUACAUGAAGACAAAAAGUAUUAUGCAAGUGCUAUGGAAGUGUAUGGGGAGGGUGUGGAGGCUCUAGUACAUGAAGAAGAUGCGCAACCUUUGACUGAACCUAUCGUUAAGCCUGUGAAGCUUCGACGUUUUCAAGCUCAAGAAAAUUUGCUUCCUGAAACUGUUUACAAAAAAGAUUUUCUCGUUGAUUUAACAAGCAAACCAGAACUUAUUCGUAAUUUGGCAAUUGCUGGACAUAUUCACCACGGAAAGACUUCCUUUAUUGAUUGCUUGGUUGAACAAACACAUCCAGAUUUAUUUCGUUAUGAGGACAGAGACCUUCGCUAUUCUGACAGGCUUUUUAUUGAACAACAACGGGGAUGUUCUAUUAAAACACAGCCAGUUACUUUAGGUUAUAUUUUGAUUUAA